AUGCCCUAUAGCCUAACAACUCGAGAGAAACAUUUUACCACUAAGAGAAUCGAGCUAGCCCUUGAUCGGGUCCAGCAGCGCGCCCGCCGCGAGCGCGCCCAGCACGAGCGCCGCAAACCCGCCCACAACCAAUUUGGUCUGGAGCUGCUGGCCCGAGUUCUCGACGGAGACGCCGACCUGACAGACAAUCGCGCGGCUAUUGUCGGACUGCUCCGCGACGAUACGGUAGAGCCACUCGCCCUCGGACACCGUCGCGUCGAUGUACGAGUAGGCGCCGCCCAGCGUGCCCUUGGAUUUGAGGGGCGACCACGACUGGUAGGAGGCGACUUCAUCCCAGUCGCUGUAGCCCACAGCUUUUCUCUCCACCAGGAAGCCCCGGUUGGCCUCCUCGUCGUCCGUCGACCACGUCAGCUCGACCUCGUCCUCCGACAAGACCUUGGCCUUCAGUCCCAACCCCGUGAGUUCCGAGGAGGCAGCGUCCAAGAUGUUGAUCGUACCCUGCUUCUCCUCGAGCGCGAUGCGCUCCCGCCGUUUCUCGUAGCCGCGCAUCGCGCGCGCCGCGGCGACGGCGUCCUCGUCGACCUGCCUGACCAUCCAGGGCGCCUGCGUGUGAAUGAACCGGUGAGUCGGGUGCGCGAGGCCGCGCUGGCCGCAUGGAGGGGCGCAAGUCCCAGACCGCCCCGCCGUUGCGCCGGCGGCGCGUCGACGGCGUGGAGGGCCUGAUGCAGCGUUGGCGGAGCACUUUAUACAAUUUGAUUGAUGCGCUGCACCGCACGUAGGCGACGCCCUCCUCGUUGUAGAGGUUCGAGCGCUUCUUCUUCGCGAUUUUCUGCGCGUUCGCAAUGAUCUCGGCCUCCUCGUCGUCCGUGAGCUGCUCGCUCAUCUUCAGCGGCGUCGCGCGGCUGCUGAUGCGAGUGGCCGGCUGCCAUGCCGCCACGGCGGUGGCCGCGAGGGCGAGUGCGACGACUUUUCGCUGCAUAUCGUUCCUGGGGUGCACCGUGCAGCGUUUAUGAAGGGCAGAGAGCUCCGAAUGCGCUUUGCAGAGUGCCGUGUGGUACAGCUUUACCUCUCUGAG